AUGACUGAUACUAAACUCGAUUACGCCGAAGCCCGGAAGGCUUUCCUGUCGGCCGGACACUCCUGGCCUGAGCCCAAGCAGAACAGGUUGUUGCGGGCGGCUCGGGGUGAGGAAGUAGAUGAGAUUCCAGUGUGGAUAAUGAGGCAAGCUGGCCGUUAUUUACCAGAAUUCAAGGAACUGCGGGCCGAGCAUGACUUCGUUAAGGUCUGCCAAGAUCCGGACUUGGCCUCAGAGGUAACGAUACAGCCCUAUCGAAGAUUCAAUAAGCUUGACGCUUGCAUUGUAUUUUCGGAUAUAUUGACUAUCCCGAUGCUCAUGGGUCAGCAUUUGGAAAUGGUUCCCGGAAAGGGUCCUGUCCUGAGUCCGAAGCUCGAGACGCCUGAAGACAUCGAAAGGAUCCUCAAUCUCAAACCCAAUGUGGGUGAAGGUUUGGCUUAUGUGUAUGAUGCUAUCUUCGCUACUGUCAGCAAACUCGAAAAUCAGCUCACCGUCAUCGGUUUCUGUG